GAAAAUCUUCCUUUGACAAGUCGCCAUGAUUCCUAAUAAAUUAUUGUAUUGAAUCUUUUUAUUUUCAAAUACAUUCUGACUUUCAGCUUUAUAUCAUCGAAAACAAUAUAAAAAUGCUUGUAGUUUGUUAACGAUGAACUCAAGCGGAUCAACGCUUAUGAAUGCGACAAAAUCGACUACUUUCGCUAACACAACGAUGGAGAUGAGUGGAGACUCGACUGUGAAAUGCGACCUUACCGACACCUUUGGCUUUUUCAUUCAAGGAUUGUUAGCUGUAGUUGCUUUCAGUACUCUUAUUUUAAAAAGAUUCAGAGAACCAAAAGGUCUCAGAAGACCACUUCAAAUCUGGUUUUAUGACACCUCAAAGCAAGCUAUUGGAGCCCUUUUGAUCCAUUUUGCAAAUGUCUACUUAUCAACAUUAUUUAAAGGCGACCCAUGUACCUGGUAUUUUAUCAAUUAUCUUUUAGAUUCAACUCUUGGCUUGUGUUUAAUAUACAUAUUUCUUCAAAUAUCUCAACUAAUUGUACAUUGUUAUAAAUGGAAUACACUUCUACUGGGGGAAUAUGGAAAUCCACCUCAAUGUGAUGCAUGGGUUGGCCAAUGUGGUCUCUACAUUCUAGUUAUGGUGCUUGAAAAAAUUGCAAUAGCAUUGUUAGUCAUGCUGGACUUUUGGCACGAUGUUCGUCAGUUUAUUUUAAAACCAGUUCGAAAAUAUCCAAAAAUUGAAGUGGCUUUAGUUAUGUUGAUUAUUCCUUUUAUAAUAAAUGCCAUCAUGUUCUGGGUUGUUGACAACUUCUUAAUGCGUAAAGCAAAGAAAUCUCGAGAAGCAAAUGAAAAUGGCCGAGUACAGUUUUCCAGAGUGAACACAUCAAAUACUGAAGAAGUUGAAGUUCUUCUGGAUAACUCUGUAGAUCAUUCAGACAGUGAGCAUUUAGUUCACAGAGAUCGUGACAUAUAAAUUGGCUUUAGGUCUUCUCAAUGUACAUACAUGGGCGUAGUUUGAUAAAUGUUUUAUAACUGGAGUUUUUUAUAUGAUCGCCUCUGAGGAACUACAAUGUGUUGUGCAUGUAGUAAGGUUUUACAAUUAGGCAUGAAAAUUCAGGCAGAGAUUUUAUCCUACUGAAUACUUACUUAGACAGGUUCUGAAUAGUACAGGGCAGAACAAUAAAUUAUACAGUAACAGUUCAACAGACAUUUUUUAUGGUUCCCAAGCCACAUGUUAAUACCGAAGGAAGAACAAUGUUGUGUUCAGUUGAUUAAAAGAUUUGCAAUUGUCUGCAAUGAUUAAAAGCAUUGUAAAACAGUAA